UGGCUGGAGGGGCGCCUCCUGCGCGGGGCUGCCCGGGCGCGGGGUUGUGGGAGGAGGCACCGGGGCGGUGUCGGGGUCCACGCUGGCCCCGGGCUUAUUUUCCCGGCGGAAGGCCGGGCGGGCGGCAGCCCCAUGCGGACGCGUGUCGGGUUCCGGAACUGGGGCGGCCCUAGGUGCGCGCGUGGCCUCGGGAGCGGGGCCGCUCGGACGCCCGUGCGCAGGGGCGAGUCCUCCUCCUCUUGGGUCCCGGCCUUGGCCCUGAGAGCUGUGACUUGGAGCGGCUGCGGCGUCCCGCGGGCAGACCUGUCGUUAUCAUCACCCGAAAACCCACAUUGGAGAAAAACAAUGUGAUGUUUUGAACCGGGGCAUGGGUUCCUUGGAUCUCAUCCAAAGUAUUGAUGAUGACCCCCUUCUGGACACCCAGCAUCUCCCACAUCACUCAUUACACGCUCAUUUUAGGCCCAGAUUCCACCCUCUUCCUACAGUCAUCAUUGCAAAUCUUCUCUUGUUGAUACAUAUUGUGUUUGUUAUUUUAGCAUUUUUAACAGGUGUGCUUUGUUCUUACCCCAAUCCAAUUGAAGACAAGUGCCCAGGAAACUAUACCAACCCAUUGAAAGUUCAGACAGUCAUAAUCCUCGGAAAAGUGAUUUUGUGGAUUCUGCAUUUCCUUCUUGAACGAUACAUCCAGUAUCACCACAGCAAAGUAAGAAACCGAGGCUAUAACAAGAUCUACCGGUCAACAAGGCAUCUUAAAAGCCUUCCGCUAAUGAUACACUCCACUGGCAGCACGGCGCUCCUCCUCCUGCUCUGCCUGCAGCACUCCUUCCCCGAGCCCAGCGCACUGUACCUGGACCUCAUUCUGGCCACCCUGGCUGUGGAGUUGGUCUGUUCCCUGACGUGCCUGCUCGUGUACACAGUGAAAAUUCGAAAAUUUAAUAAAGCCAAGCCACAGCCUGAUGUACUUGAAGAAGAAAAAAUCUAUGCUUACCCCAGCAAUAUUACAUCGGAGACUGGAUUCAGGACUCUCUCGAGCCUGGAAGAGAUUGUGGAGAAGCAGGGAGACAUCAUAGUGUACCUGAAGCGACACAAUGCCCUGCUCAGCCAACGUCUGCUGACCUUCACGUCCUCUGACCUCAGCUCUCAGCCAAGUGGGAUUUGACAGCAAUUCCAGAGGAGUCAGAGUAAUUUAGACUGACCAGCUACCUGACAAGCUGUCUUAGGGAAAUGCAGCUUUGCCAAGUAACAUUCUACAAUUUCUGUUGGAAACCUGAAUUUGGUUCUCACCUGUGUGGCUGUUUAAUAAGUAGGACUCGUGGAUCAUUUGAAAGACACUUUGUAGCGCCUUGUGAACUCAAGGGGAAUGUCUGUUUUGCACAUUUUGAAAUUAUUUAACUGCCUGGUUUAUGCUAGGAUCAAAGGUAUAGAUUAAACAUCUCCUUGACCAACACUUCUUCCAUACUCACUGGGACCUGGUAAUAAUUUGGCUUUUUAUAGAGGAAGUCUGAAAUGACAACCUAUUUAAAACUGGGCUUGAGUUUUUCCCACUUCUAUACUGGUGAGAGAAGUCACCAUUUCUCAUGGUUAGUGUUUUAUCCUAUGGAGCCUUAUGUAUUUUAUAUGCUUGUGUGGUAUUGGAUGGCCUUGGCCCGUAUAGUUUUUAUAAGAAUUUCGUCACUGUAGGACCAAGGUCUCACUGGAUGAUUUACUUUGCAGCCCCUACAGGUUUCCAUUCUCCAGAAAUAAGAUUUGAAGAUUACUUGGACCAGCGUUAGACCGACCAGUGCUGCCUGUGAAAGCAGGAGCGCCUGCCAUUGGCAGCAGCUGAAAUAGUUAGAGAAGACUUCCGGCUUUCUCUUUAUUUUGGCCCUUCUUUGAGAGGUAGCCAUGUAUUUCAGUAUUGACUGUCUUUGGAUCAAUAAGUUCAGUGAUAGGAAAGGGGUCUUCUGUAGCUUUAAGUUUGAAAGGAAAGAAGAAUAUGUUUUUUAGUCUUGGAUUAUACUUAAAAAUUAUGAUGAAAAAAAUGUCAUAUCAACUUAUAUAUAGAUAUUAAACAUAUCUAAUUCUCCAGAUGAAAUGAA